AUGGGUACAUACCUUUAUCGUAGCGCCGGGGCCCCAUCGGGUGGUACUAUGUGCCAGGUGAGUUUUCAACAGCGGCAAUAUCUAGAGGGCGCUUCCCGGCAAGUCACGGAGAACUUUUGCCUCCGUCGGACAGAAUCGAUCAAUGAUCGGGCUACCGUGUUGCAGAAUCUUCUAGCUCCAGUGGCAAGCAUUGUAUGCGGAGAAUUUGUCAAUCGAGCACCUCGCUCCGGUAUUGCGGAUAUUCGCACGUGUGCGACAGCCAUAUUCUUAAGGCCCCACUCCAGUAGACAGGUCAGAAACAGGCCAUCGAGGAAGGUUGAACACGAGUACUCGGACAUGGCUUUCUGCACGGAAAAGCUGAUCAGCGAUCGAUCUUCCACUCCCGAGGGCGCGAUCCAGGUUCCUGGGCCGGGAACCCGGUUACUGGGGCGGGAGUUCAUCCUAGCUUGCCCUAGUCCCUCGGCUGGAUGGACGCUGAUUGUUGACAAUCCCUGCACUAUUGGGGUCGUCUUUAUGUCGCGGGAUGCAACAUUAUGCAACCAGCCCAUCAUGCUGCGAACUGUGCUUCCGCUCGUGCAUCAUCUGCUGCAGUGCAGGAGCAUUGGUGUCAUCCCAGACCAAAUCAGGCCAGCUCUGUUCCUUGAUUUGACAGCACCUGAUCGCGAUCGUGCAUCCAUGGACUUGCCACAGUUCGCAUACGUAGUGGCCCCUGUAAUCAACUCUCCUGAUCGUCCUAGGAUCGGAAACCCAAACUGUGGGAACCAACAGGCCGCGACUGUUCCUAGGUCCGGACUCGGUUCAUCUCCGCCGACCUCCAGGCGAAAUAGCAAAAAUGGUCGAUGUAUCUACCCACCUCAGCCUGGCUCUUGGACUUAA